AUGUCUUCAAGAAGAGACCACGGCUCUGGCACGCCGUCGAAUGCUUCGAACCGCCAGAAUGAGUAUUUCAUCCCUCGCGACGGCAUAGACCGUGAGGUGAUCACCGCCGACAUCUGUCGCUACCUCGGCAACGACGCCCUCGUUCGGCCCGGCACCUACGAAGACAAGAAGACGGGCCGAGUAAUACAAGGCUACUUUGUUACAGCCUACAGGAAUUUGACAUCGGCUAUGAUCGCCGACCUCAAGGCCGACUCGGCUCGGUGGGAACAGGAGAGGCGGAAUCAUUCUGGAGGUACAAUGACCUCGCACGAUUCGUCUGCAUUCUUCAUGAGAAGUUCAAAGUCUAACUCUCCACCAGCGAGGUACAGCGAUUCACAGAAUCGUUUCAGUGGUGCAGGUCUCUCUCAGUAUGAUACCUCCGGAGUGCCUUACCCAAGUGGUCCAAGCCGUGAUUCUUAUGAAAGCGUGCCUAGAUACCCAGGAAGCGAUGCCCCAGGAUACAGCGCCAGCACCGGAUCCCAGCCCUACCACCAGGACAACAGGCAAUCAGGAUAUGGUGCACAGUACCAACAGCCCGCGUACCCUCCCCAGGCACAGGAUAACAGGUUUGCUACUCCGGCAGCCGCUGGAUCCGCUUCGGUCUACGGCCAGUCUUACUCCAACCAUCCCACAAAUGUGCAGGACCAGCAGCCUUACUAUGCCCCUGUGCGCUUUGAGGCGCGAACAUCACAGGAUCCUUACCAGGACAGCAGCAGGAUGGUAGACGCUUCUAGUGGUCGCGCCUAUGCUCCGACUCCUGCCUAUGCAGGUCAAAGCCAGGCAUACUACGCUUCCCCCCAGGUCCAAGGCUCAUACCCUGCCCAACCCGUGGAUGCUUUUGCUGGCCGCCAGCCAUAUGGAUCCACCAGCCAGGCCGAAAUCAUGGGCUCUUCCGUCAGCCAAGCUCCACUGUACGACCGCCAGUAUGAAUCCCAGCCCCAGACCGGGUCCUCUGGGGAAAGAGGCUCACUGUUGAGCCUCGACGGCUUCCCAACUGGGACCACACUGCACUUUGCUGUCCGGAUCCGACCAUCACGGAACUGGAAGCAGUGUCUAAUGCUCAUCAAUUAUGAUGCAUCUCCGCCCCAGAAGGAGUUUUAUGUGUCGAGGUCGGCUACUGUUCCUUCGCCCAUGAUACAACGACUCGUCUUGGACUCAUUCAAGCCCAGGUCAUUCCAGGACUACUCGCCAUGGACUGGAUCCCCUUUGGAUAAUGCCGGAUCGGAUCACCAUGGUCAUCACUGCGGACCGUACUGUUGA